AUGCUGAGUGGCGGGAUCAGCGCCCUCCUGUCUGAACCUCCUGAGGAGCAAAGCAGCACUGCCCUGGGAUCCUGGCCAGGGAAGCCGGUCGAGCGGCUGGGGCCUCGCUGCCCAGGGAAAGAAGGAGACGGCCGAGCCGCAGGGAGGUCUGCCGGGAAGGGACAGCUUCCCCAGGAGAGGGUGGAGUUGGUGAAGGUGGAGCGCAGCUGGAGACAGCUGCAGAUGGGGCCCCCGGGCACCCUGCCGCUCUGCGGACAAGGGUCUGAGCGGGUCUGCCCUGCGGGACUGGCCAUCUCGCGCCUGCGUUGUGGGCACGCCGCCUUCUCAGUGCUGGGCCUCCCAGACCACCUGCGCCCCCACUCCAGCCCCAGCAGCACCCUGAGAACCCCAGGUGGUGUCAUCUGCGCUGAAAGGCAGAUUCACUGGAGCUACCAUGUAGAUGUGAAUAGGCCCUCUGCCACGAGGAGCCCCCCACGCCAGGAUGUGGUCAGUCACUGCCAGCCGUCCCUGAAUCUGGCCCUGACUUCCAGCUCAGGACCCACCGGGGAAAGCUGGCCGUGA